AAACCCUUGAUUUGAUUUUAUAAAUAUGUGUGUACAUGCUUACGAAUAUGAAUAUUUACAUUCCAAGUAUAUAAAUCGUAAUGUCUCUAAACAAUUAUGUCAACAAUUAAAGACAUGUUUAAUUUGUGUGUAAAUAUGUAUAUAGAUACUUGAUCCUUCAGGAUUACACCAUAAUAAAAACAGAAAUGAACACGGCAUGGGGAUUGUGGGCAGGGCAGUGUUUAAAACUAUAGAUUUGUAUAUACAUGUGGAUGCUAGAUCUUUCAGGAUUGCAUCAUCAGUGCUGAAAGAAGAAAAAAAAACAGGGUGGGGAUUGUGAGAGUGCCUGCUUAAAACUGUAUUAAUACCGUGCAGCAAAAGGUCUGAUCCACUAGAUGUCCGAUCAUGUCAUUGGAUUCAUAUUCCAUUUCUAGGGAGCUCACCGCUGAGCAAACAUACUUACAAUCAAACACACUUGGAUCCAGCAAUCACAGCCUUCUGGACAACUGUGUUUCUUGCUUUGGGAGUACAGAAGUUACACCUGCAUACGUGGCUUUGUAUGUGUCUGCAAUACUUGUUGUGAUAAUAACUGUGUUUGGCAACCUGCUUGUCAUCACAUCGGUGUGUCACUUUAAACAGCUUCACACACCAACUAAUGUGCUCAUCCUCUUCUUGGCUGUGACAGAUUUUUUCGUGGGAAUAUUUGUGAUGCCACUACAAUUUAUCUGGCUGAUAGAAUCAUGCUGGUUUUUUGGGACAACUGUUUGUGCUUUUUUCAACUUUGUGUCAUUCCAUUUGACGUGUGCAUCUGUCCAUAUUGUGGCUCUCAUUGCAGUGGAUAGAUGCAUGGCUCUGAGCAGUCCCUUUUUCUAUUCCAACAAGAUCACUGCGAACCUCUUUGUCAUUGUGGCCUCUUUGAACUGGGUGUUUUCUAUGGCUUACAACUUUGCUCUUCUUUACAGCAACGGUUUUUUCACUCACGCACUGACACUGUGUCCAUACGACUGUCUCAUUAUUGUGAAUGAAAUAUGGUCUUGGGUUGAUUUUGUAGUGGUGUUUGUAUUACCUUGCUCCAUUAUGAUUAUACUGUACCUGAUAAUCUUUGCCAUUGCCAAAAGACAUGCCAAUGCCAUCAGGGCAGCUAAUAAUCAGGGUAAUCCAAAUGCCGGCAAGAAUGAUCACGUGCCCAAACGAUCUGAGAGAAAAGCUGCUAAAGUGCUUGGAAUACUUGUGUCUGUCUUUUUGUUAUGCGUAGUGCCAUAUUACAUUGCUAGCGUUAUUCCUGGGAGUAUCAACACCCAACUCUUUAAUGAUGUGUUAAAUUACACGUCAGCCCUACUUUACCUGAAUUCUUUGUUCAAUCCAAUUAUUUAUGCUUUGUUCUACCCAUGGUUUAAAAAAAGCAUGAAAUUAAUUUUAAGGUGUCGUGUUUGUAGCCCAGAUUCCUCUCUCAUGAAUGUAAAGUGA